GCUCUCCACUAUCUCCGCUAAAACAAUUUCAGAACGUCUCUCUCUUUCUCUUUCUUCUCUGACAGUUCUUUUUGUUUUCCUGUCUCUCUCGCUCGCUCGAUGCGAAGAAUCGAGCACUGGUGUCGCUCUUUGUAAACUUGUGUGUAUCUUUAUCGGGAAUACAAUCUCAACAAGCUACUUAAAUGCGUAUCUUUCGUCCCCUGAUGUUGCUUUUCGCGGUGGUGGCGGUGGUUUUGGCUUUGGCCGUGACUGGAUUCGCUACACCGCCGUUACCUUCCACGUUGGCUAAAUACGCUGCUGGUACGGUAAAGAUUCUACCUUUAGAAAGGGCUUUUCCUCUAGACGAGCAAGUUGAGCUGAGUGAGCUCAGAGCGCGUGAUCGUGUCAGGCACGCGCGAAUCUUGCUCGGCGGAGGAGGUCGCCAGAGCUCCGUUGGCGGCGUUGUGGACUUCCCAGUUCAAGGCUCUUCCGAUCCUUACCUCGUCGGCUCCAAGACGACUAUGCUUUAUUUCACAAAGGUCAAAUUAGGUUCUCCACCCACAGAGUUCAAUGUUCAGAUUGAUACUGGAAGUGACAUCUUGUGGGUUACUUGUAGUACUUGCAGUAAUUGCCCUCACUCUAGUGGACUUGGAAUCGACCUCCAUUUCUUUGAUGCUCCUGGUUCCUUGACUGCUGGCUCUGUUACUUGUUCAGAUCCGAUUUGUUCUUCAGUCUUUCAGACAACAGCUGCACAGUGUUCUGAGAAUAACCAGUGUGGUUACUCCUUUCGCUAUGGCGAUGGAAGUGGGACUUCAGGUUUCUACAUGACUGACACGUUCUAUUUUGAUGCGAUUUUGGGAGAGUCUUUGGUCGCGAAUUCAUCUGCUCCCAUUGUUUUCGGCUGUAGUACCUACCAAUCUGGGGACUUGACAAAGUCAGACAAAGCAGUGGAUGGAAUAUUUGGUUUUGGUAAGGGCAAAUUGUCAGUUGUUUCUCAGCUGUCUUCACGAGGGAUUACACCGCCAGUGUUUUCUCAUUGCUUGAAAGGAGAUGGUAGUGGAGGUGGUGUCUUUGUCCUUGGCGAGAUAUUGGUCCCAGGAAUCGUUUACAGUCCUCUUGUCCCGUCACAGCCUCACUAUAACUUAAACAUGCUGAGCAUUGGCGUCAAUGGACAGAUGCUGCCCAUUGAUGCAGCCGUGUUUGAAGCAUCAAAUACCCGUGGAACCAUUGUUGACACAGGAACCACUCUGACAUAUUUGGUGAAAGAGGCUUAUGAUCCCUUUAUAAAUGCAAUAUCAAACAGCGUGUCACAGCUGGUAACACCGAUCAUUUCUAAUGGAGAGCAGUGCUAUUUGGUCUCGACUAGCAUAAGUGACGUGUUUCCUCCGGUUAGUUUCAACUUUGCUGGUGGUGCAUCAAUGAUGUUAAGACCUCAGGAGUACUUAUUUCAUUACGGUUUCUAUGAUGGUGCGUCCAUGUGGUGCAUUGGUUUUAAGAUAGCUCCGGAAGAACAAACCAUUUUAGGAGAUCUUGUACUUAAAGAUAAAGUCUUUGUGUAUGAUCUUGCUCGGCAACGGAUCGGAUGGACAAACUAUGAUUGUUCGAUGUCUGUGAAUGUAUCGGUAACUUCAGGAAAGGAUAUCGUAAACUCAGGGCAGCCAUGCUUGACCAUCUCAACGAGGAACAUACUCUUAAGAUUCUUGUUUAGCAUGUUAUUGACUCUACUUCUUUGUAUUUUCUUCUCCUUGACGUAAAUUUAUUAUAGAGUUUUUGUGUGUGUGUUUUGUGUUAGAGUUAGUGUAGUCUGAUUUUGUUGAGUUUCUUUGAUUCUUUUCACCAAUUAGUGACUUUUUAUUAAUUGUAGACAAGUCAUUCUUGUUAAGAAAAUAUGGUUACUACUUA